AUGUCCCUCCCUCGCACCUUCUGCCUCUCCUCCGCCUCCGCGGCCCUCACCCCCUCCACCAUCUUGACAUCUUUCCCAAACCACUACGAAGUGAUGAAGCUCUCUCCCAGCGCUUCGACUGAGGACGUCAAGGCGCAGUUCCGCACGCUGCGCGGGGAGUACUUCGCUUCUGAUGCGGGGAAGUAUCGCCAACUGCAGACGGCAUAUGCCGUGUUGGUUGAUAGCGAGGCAAGGCGGGAGUACGACGAACUGUAUCGCGCGAGUAUGGGGUUGCCAGUUCAGCCGGUUGCGAAUGAUCCACUGGAGAGCAGCGGGUCUGCUUCUCCUUCGCUGCGCAAGAGCGCGCUGGUGAAGGCUGCGGUGUCGAGGAUUGAUGCGCAGUCUCAAGAGCCUAGCCGUGAAGAGCAACAGCGGCUUGCGGGGGAGGAGCUACGGCUCCGUCAGGAAAAGGAGAACGAGGAGGAGCGGCGACGGCGUGCAGAGGAACAGCGCCAGCGCGAGGCGGAUCCGAAUUAUGGACUGAAGCACUUUACGCCCGUGUAUGUGCCGCUGAUUGGGUCGCAGCCAUAUCAUAGUUACGUGCCUGUUGCGGCGGAGCACGAGGGUAUGGAGAGGAAGAGGAAAUCUAGACGGCCGAUGUAUGUGGGGAAGUUGGCGGCGAAAGCGGUGCCAUAG